AUGCUGCGGCUGGUGACACUAUCAAGGAUUACCAAGUCGCACUACGGCCUCAUCGUCCCUUUGACCUCUGGCUGGGAGUGCGCAGACGGUCGCGCCCCGACGUUGGCGGCCUCGGAGAAGCCAAUCGCUCAAGCCAUCCUGCAGCACAUAUGGAACGAGGCGAGGGCAGGUUGGGACCGUCAGAUGGCAGCAAACCUAAACGCGGUUGCAGCCACGGCAGCUGCUGCUUCUUCCGGCUCCGCCCCUGCGGCGUCACCUGCUGCGGAUGACAGGGUGCCCAAGCAGUUGCCGGCAAACGUGUGGUCUUCCCUGAACGAUUACCAGUCACAGCAGAUCGGAGGCUUUGAUCGGGUUUUCCCAGUCAACGAACUGCUGGGGGCUGAGCGCAUCGUGGCAAGGGUUUGCCACGAACACGUCGUCAGCGAGAACUAUGGUCCUAUCCAUCUAGGCGAGAUCGUGGCAGCCCGCACAUUCAGUGCUAGCGGAGAACCAAACCCCUUGGCCAAGAAAGAUCGCGCUGCUACAACUCUGACCGUGACAGGUGACAAGCUGGUGUCGGCCCCAGAGGAGUUGUGGUCGCCUCGCAGCGUUUUGUCCGUGAUUGACGGCCUCAACAGCAUCUGCUGGUGCAUGAUUUUGCUGAAGUUUGGUUCCGAGCAGGUCACCCACGCGUUCUUUGACUGGUUGGUGAAGAUGGCAAGGAGCCGACCGCAGAAGACCGAGCAGUUUGGCCAGUUCUGGUUGACAGUUGCUUGGAAGCUCGCCACAGAGCUUCGUGGGGGGCAGACCUUUGACGCUGCAGUUGCCCCGAUCAUGCGAGAUUACGACACCUUCACAGAGUGCAUGUCUCGCGAGCCGCAGUCCACCCUCCAAGAGGUCCACGCAAGGCUUUUUCCAAGUUGCGGCAGGCGCAGCGGCCGCAACCGUGGUCCGCGAGCGUCUUGGGCCCAGUCUGAGCCCAACGCAGCUCGGUGGUCUUCUGAGGCCAAGCCUGACUGGGCAACACAGUUGGUGGGGGGCUUCUGA